UGCAUGAAAGAUGGAAAAUGUUCUAAAUAUUUUCCAAAACAGUUUCAGCCCGAAACAAUUGUUGAUCAAGAUGGGUUUCCGGUAUAUAGAAGAAGGGACAAUGGACAUACAGUUCUUAAGAAUGGAAUUCAAGUCGAUAACCGGAAUGUUGUUCCAUACAAUGCAAAGUUGUUGACAAAGUACCAAGCUCACAUAAACAUGGAAUGGUGCAAUCAAAGUACAUCGAUUAAGUACUUAUUCAAGUACAUCAACAAAGGUUACGACAGAAUCACCGCUGCCAUUGUACCGAAUGAUGAUGGAACUUCCAACCAGCCGCAGAAUAUUGAUGAGAUCAAACAGUAUAUUGAUUGUAGGUACGUUUCUUCGAGUGAAGCAUCUUGGAGGAUAUUCUCCUUUCCAAUCCAUGGUAGAAAACCAGCUGUUGAGAGACUGUACUUUCAUUGUGAAGGUCAAAAUUCGGUAUAUUACACUGAUUUUGAUCGUAUCAAUACAGUUCUGGAAAAACCAAGUGUAACUGAAUCGAUGUUUACAUCAUGGUUCGAAGCAAAUUGCAAGUAUCCUGAAGCACAAAAUUUAACUUACAGCAAAUUUGUUUCAAAAUUUGUUUAUGUUGAGAAAAAAAGAGAAUGGAAACCCCGUCAAAAAGGUUACACAAUUGGUAGGCUUAUAUGGGUUCCUCCAACAACUGGCGAAUUAUACUAUCUUAGAUUGAUGUUCACACAUGUCAAAGGCCCCCGCAGUUAUAAUGAUAUAAAAACAGUGAAUAACGUAAAAUAUGAUACUUUCCGGGAUGCCUGUUUUGCUAUGGGUUUUAUCGGCGAUGAUAGAGAAUUCAUUGCAGGCAGCAUUAACAGGCCAAGACAUGUAUGGAGUAAAACAUGUCAUCUCUUAGCUGAUGGAAUACUAUAUGCUCAACAGCGAAUUGCAAACAAUAGAGUUUACACUUAUAAUUACUAUUGUAUAAAGGUUUGA